AUGGCUGCACCAAAAAUUAUUGUCUUGGGCAGCCUCAAUGGCCAGCUUGAACCGGCGUUCAAGAAGCUGGCGACAUUACACACCAAAAACAACUUCUCCAUGGCCAUCCUCACUGGCGAUGUCUUCAGCGCAACCCAAGAUGAUGACUCUGUGAAUGCGCUUCUAGACGGGACUAUCAAAGUCCCUCUACCAACGUAUUUCACCGUCGGAACCCGCCCACUUCCACCUCGUAUUGCUGCUAAGGCUGAAGCCGAGGAGGACAUCUGCGAGAACCUACAUUUCCUAGGCAAGCGCAGCAUUACCAAGACAUCUGAUGGUGUGAGAAUUGUCGCAUUAGGUGGCCAACUGGACGCCAACCUCAUUGCAGGACUAUCUAAGGAGCAGCACCUCCCAUUCCACACAGCGGAUGACGCAAAGAGCCUACGCGGCGCGAAUAACGCUGAUAUUCUCCUGACUUCAAUAUGGCCAGCAAGUAUCUGGACUGGCUCUCAGGUUGCGCUCGAUCCCACAAACCAAGCGUCACUCACCGUUUCGGACAAUAUUGCAGAACUAUGUGCAGCGCUCAAACCGCGGUAUCACUUGACGGCUUCGCCAGAAGCCUUCUUCUAUGAACGAGAGGCUUUUGUUCACCCCACCGAAAAGGAAACGGACGGCACCUGCGUCACUCGGUUCAUUUCAAUGGCUUCUUUCGGCAAUGACGCCAAAGCAAAGUCUUUGUACGCUUUUAGUCUCAACAAAGGAGAUGCUUCAGUACCCCCCGGUGCGACAGCCUCGCCUUUCAACCCCAAGACUAAGAAGCGUGCACCUAAGGAUGAUUCUUACAGCCGAUACGGGGGCGAUGAUAACAGCAGAGGCCAUAGAGGCCGACGCCAGAAGCAGCGCCAUCGGUCGCCACCCCCGGGUCCUGAUCGAUGUUACUUCUGUCUCUCCAAUCCCAACCUAUCAGCCCACAUGUGCUGUAGUAUCGGCGACGACGCCUACAUCUCCACGGCUAAAGGACCUUUGCCAACCUCGAACACAUUUGCAGAGCAAGGCCUUACUUUUCCAGGUCACUUGAUCAUCAUUCCACUACCACACAACCCUACAAUACCUAGCAUCGGUCCUGUCACUGAUCCCACAGGAGAAGCCGCAAAAACCUACAACGAAAUGACACGAUUUCGAGAAGCUGUUCAGGCAAUGAUUGCCUCCAAGAGCUCACACAAGCUCGGCGUCGUGACGUGGGAGAUCAGCCGAGAGCGCAACGUUCACCUUAUCUGGCAACUAAUGCCCCUCUCGGCCGAUCUCAUUCGCAAAGGCGUCGCGGAAGCCGCUUUCAAGGUCGAGGCGGAGAAUCAGUCUCUUCCAGCAUUCACCGCUCGAGAGCUCACACUCGAACAGCAGGCCGAGUCAGGGGGUGACUUCUUCCGCGUAUGGCUCUGGGCGGACGAUGGCGAGGACCGUAUUAAGGGCAAAGCCCUCGUCAUGCCUCUGCCCUCAGACAUGCGCUUCGAUCUUCAGUUCGGACGGCGUGUGCUAGCUAAGCUUCUUGGUCUUGAAAGUCGCCUGGUAUGGAAGGAUUGUGAACAGACCGUCGAGGAGGAGACAAAAGACGUCGAGGCUUUUCGGGCGGCGUUCAAGGAAUGGGAUUUCACGCUUCAAGAGGGCGAAGAAGCUGCGGCUUGA